UGGACAAAUUUUCCAUCUAAAUUCACUUUCUCACAGUUGUUUUUGACACGCCGGCACCGAAAGUAGUUACUCCUAGUCUAUUCCGUUGACGGAUACCGAGACUACUUGGAGAUCCACCUAUAGUUAAUUAGUCAACCAAGAUCCUCAGGAAUCCAUAGUCCCGACUCGCACCGAGGGCGAUCUAAAAUAAUAUUCGUUUCGUUUUCCUAGCGCGAUAGUGGAACGUGGAAAAUCGGGUUUUGCCUUUUUGAAUUGUGUGCUUUGCUGCUGAAGCCAUCCCUCUUGUCUUGUGUGAGCGUGAAGUGUCAUAUUAUAGUGUGCUUCGGGGAAUAUUAUCAAUCCUCCAUAAAAAAAUACGGCGUGAAGAAAAGGUUAAGCCAGUGCGGAAUCAAAAUAUAAAUAUUUUCUUUGUCCAGGCAAGUGGCGGGUAUAGAGUAGCGGGUUUAUCAGUCGCGAGCGCGAUCGUGUUCAGUCGAGAAAGGUAAACGCAGCAAACGGUCUCUCAGUGAAACCAAAAACCCGACCCGACGUGCAAGUGGUGUAUAUUCGUCAGGAAAUCAAGGCAUUUCGCUAAAAAAAACACACAAACGAGGUUUUGUUUUAGUGCUUAACAGAACCUUACAGAAGGCAGCUUUAGUUUGGUGUUCAGAACGGUCAAGUGAUUGAUUGUUUAUAUCGAGUACAAUUGGUGAAAAGUGCGUGCGAAUUGAUUGAGUGAUUAAACUAACAGCGUUCCGAUCAACAACGAGUGCAGUAGGAUGGAUUUGGUCAAGCCAUUCAUGGAUCUACACGUGGAUAGAGUCAGCAAGGAAAUCCGCGAACAAUGUCAGGAACUGAUACUGACAGACAAACAGAUCGAGGAGAUCAUGCGGCGGUUGAUUAAGGAGAUCAACCGUGGCCUAGAUAAAGAUACACAGCCCGAGGCAGAUAUCAAAUGUUUCGUUACUUACGUGCAGGAUCUACCAAAUGGAAAAGAAAAAGGCAAAUUCCUAGCGCUCGAUCUGGGCGGUACCAACUUCCGAGUGCUGCUGAUUCACCUCAAGGAUGAAAAUGACUUCGAGAUGCUGUCGAAAAUCUACGCCAUUCCACAGAGUAUUAUGCUUGGCAGUGGGGAACAACUGUUUGACCACAUUGCAGAAUGUUUAGCAAAUUUCAUGAAGGAACAUUCUGUCUACGAAGAAAAACUACCUCUAGGCUUCACAUUCUCAUUCCCGCUAACACAGCUCGGACUGACCAAAGGUAUUCUGGCCCGAUGGACGAAGGGUUUCAACUGCUCCGGUGUCGUCGGUGAAGAUGUCGUCCAGCUCCUAAAAGACGCCAUCGCUAGACGAGGGGAUGUUCAAAUCGAAAUCUGUGCCAUUCUCAACGAUACCACCGGUACGCUGAUGUCCUGUGCCUGGAAGAAUCACAACUGUAGGAUCGGAUUGAUCGUCGGCACCGGCAGCAAUGCGUGCUACGUGGAGACGGUCGAAAACUGCGAUCUGUUCGAUGGACCGAAAGAUUCGAAAAAGAAACACGUCCUAAUCAACACCGAAUGGGGUGCGUUCGGCGAUAACGGUGCGCUCGAUUUUGUGAGGACAGAGUACGACCGGGAGAUAGAUCACUUCAGUAUAAACCCGGGAAGUCAAACACAAGAGAAGAUGAUCUCCGGCAUGUACAUGGGCGAGCUGGCUCGCCUUGCCAUCGUCAAAUUCACCCGAGCCGGUCUUCUCUUCGGUGGCGUCGGGUCCGAUAUCCUGUUCAAACGUGGCCAGUUCUUCACCAAGUACGUGUCUGAAAUCGAAUCGGACAAACCGGGCACCUACAUGUACUGCCGCGACGUGUUGGACGAGUUGGGUCUGGAGCAUGCGACCGACGAGGACUGUGCGAACGUACGCUACAUCUGCGAGUGCGUGUCGAGCCGAGCCGCCCAUCUUGUGUCCGCCGGUAUUGCAGCCCUCAUCAACAAGAUGGACGAGAAGAGUGUUACCGUCGGCGUUGACGGUUCGGUGUACCGCUUCCACCCGAAAUUCCACGAUCUGAUGAAGGCCAAGAUCAGACAGUUUGUGAAGUCGGACAUUAGCUUCGACUUAAUGCUGUCAGAGGAUGGUUCUGGCCGUGGUGCGGCACUGGUUGCCGCUGUGGCGUGUAGAGAAGCCCUCUAAGCAGUACUGCAGUUUCUUAAAGCCACAACCUCCCCUUCCCCUACCCUCAUCAACUAGAUACACAACUACUAAACUAGUGAUUUAGAGAAUAAUUAUUAGAACAAGCCCACACAAAUACACACACACACACACACACACACACAUACACUGAGAGAGAUAGAAAAAGAAACAUACAAGAGAAAUAAAAAAACAGUUCAAGAGAGGAAUGCAAAUAUAACAUAAUUAAUCGUAAUAGUGAAACAAAUGUUUUAAAAGUAAUCAGCAUGCAAACGAAAAGAACAGAUUCAAGGGUUUUGAAAUUGCAGGAACGAUUAGCGGAAGGCAAAUUGAGGAUUAAUUAUUAUUACAAAAAUAAAUUAAAAUUGCAAGAAAAAAAAACAAAAUGUGAAUGCAAAAGCAACAAUGUUUACACUGACAACUGAGUUUAGCUGUACAUUAAUUAGUUUUAAAAUUUUAAAUAUAGUAAACAAUUAUACCUACAUAGGCAAAACGAAAUUGACACGGCGUUUGGACUACGGUAAUCCAAAUCAAAUCUGAAUCCCCUUUAGGUUAACUCUUUGGUUCGAAUCAACACUGGUAAAAAGGUUGAGAAAAUUUGGCUUUCGAAUUUCUCGUUGUGACUUUCUAUUGUAAAUAGGUAUAGUCUUUUAUCAAAAUUUACAGGAAUCUUAAAAGGCCUCCUUCUUGACGCAGCCCCUAAAAGGCAAAAGAAUCAGUACGUAUCACCGAUUGAUUUCAGGAUUAGCAAAAAUCUUUUCCUAUUAUUUGUUUUGGUUUCGUUUUCGUUUAAGGUUCUGUUUUAUUUCUGGUACAUAGAGAACACGAGAAAUGCUGUUUAUUUAUAGAGUUCAGAUAUUAUCCACUGCACUGAAAUAGACAAGAACGACAUCAUCUAUUUUUUGUUGAUUAUGUUUUGGGCUGUUCCCUUGGGAACCGGACCCGGAAUGAUGUCCAAUCCGUUAGAACUUUACGUUUUAGUUAUUAUUUUUAUAAGAUGGUUUUGCUAGACGAGUCAAUCAUAAGCAAAAAGUCAAAAAUACAAAAAUGCGAUUAUGCUUGUGAAUGAGGAUAGAAAUUGACUUUGGCAGAAAGAUUACUUUGAAAAAAAAAAACAAAACAAA